GCCUGAGGAAGGGAGGGUGGAGCGGCGCGCGCGCCCUGCGGCCCUUUGGCCGCCGGCUCCGCCCAUCGCUGCGGCGGCGACUCCCGGCAGGAUCAGGUGGGAAAGAAAUGACCACCCCAAACAAGACACCACCUGGUGCUGAUCCAAAGCAGUUAGAGAGGACUGGUACUGUUAGAGAAAUAGGCUCACAAGCAGUUUGGUCCCUUUCAUCCUGUAAGCCAGGGUUUGGAGUGGAUCAGUUACGGGAUGAUAAUCUAGAAACUUACUGGCAGUCAGAUGGAUCACAGCCUCAUUUGGUGAACAUCCAAUUUAGAAGAAAAACAACAGUGAAGACAUUAUGCAUUUAUGCAGACUACAAAUCUGAUGAAAGUUACACUCCAAGCAAAAUCUCUGUCAGAGUAGGAAAUAAUUUUCAUAAUCUCCAGGAAAUCCGGCAACUUGAACUAGUGGAACCGAGCGGCUGGAUUCACGUUCCUCUGACAGACACUCACAAGAAGCCAAUUCGCACGUUCAUGAUCCAGAUUGCUGUUCUAGCUAAUCACCAGAAUGGGAGGGACACUCACAUGAGACAAAUCAAAGUGUACACCCCGGUGGAAGAGAGCUCCAUUGGUAAAUUCCCUCGAUGUACAACAAUUGAUUUCAUGAUGUAUCGCUCCAUAAGAUAAAGUUUGACGACGGUAUUGUUGCUAAAGUAUUCAGAUACUUAAAGAGCAGGGUUUACUUCAGUGUAAUUAUAUCUUUUUUGUUUAUACUUUGUACAAUUUUGAAAUAAAGAUAAUACUGUGUUACAAU